AUGGCUCAGGUCACUACUCCCCCUCCGUCCUCUCACAGCAAGCACCGCCGUGUGCGCUCCACCCCCGACCACGCAUCACCUGGCAGUUCUGGUGAUGAGACCUACUCCGUGUCACCCGCCGCUCCUUCGACUCCCUUCAGCCCGCUCGAGAGUCGCGGCGGUGUCACUAUCCCGAGCACGCCUCUCUCACCGCCGUCCGAUGGCGUUGUUGACCGUGGCGAGCGCUGCCAUGGUAGAAGCAUCGAGGAGACGAAGUGCUCGUUCAAGCCUGCUUCUGUGGCUGAGCUCUACGAUGACCAAAUUUUCCUGAGGAACCCUGAUGAGAAGUCGGCGCCUGAUCCGAUCGUGGUCAAGUCGGGCAGCAUGGCGCCUUUCCAAAAGAGCACUUUCGUUCCAACGUCGAUGAGGCGCCGCGGACAAACCAUUCUGCACCCUCACCUGAUGGCAAGUCGCUCUGACCCGGCUGACAUGUAUGCCAUGCUCGAAAAUCAGCGUCCGCAGCCCUAUGAUGGUCAUUUCAUGCAAGUGCACCCUGAAGAGACGGUCAUCAGCAUAUCGUCCCGCCCCGGAUCGUCAUCUCGUGAAGAGGAGUCCGCCGCCUUUGAGGAGUAUGUUCGUGCUGGCCAUAGCGACAAAAUCAAUGCUGGCAAUGCUCAAGCCAAGCUGACUCCUGAGGCCUGCCUUUUCGUGGCAAACCUUCGUAAAGACAAGACGGACAGGGAGCUCCAUGCCGCCUUGAUCGAUGAAUUCGAAACCUACGGAACAUGCUACGUCAAAGUCAAGCGUAAUGGCGAUAUGCCGAUCGCCUUUGUACAGUUCCACGAGAAGAGCAAUGCCGAUUCAGCCAUGGAACGUGCCACUGGGGCUUCAAUCCUCGAGCGCCCCUGCCGGAUCGAGAGGGCGAGGGCUCCUCGUUCCGUUUUCGUCUCCCGCCGCGAUGGAAGGACGCCCUCUAAGGCCGAAGUCUUGCAGCUUCUCCAGAAAGUCGGCGAAGUUGAUAAGGUCUGGGAGAUCUCAGAGAUUGAGAGGGAGAGAUUUGCACUGGCUCCCGGCUUCGGCUGCCGCUUCACUUUCUACCAGGACUCCAUCGAUGCGAUUGCGUACUACCGCGAUCACCGUAUCUAUGAUGUGGAAACCUUUCGGGCGCCGGAGAGGAACUGUGCGCCCACCUUUGCCUGGGACAGCAUCCUUUCGCACCCGAACCGUUUGUCGAACAUCCCUCGCUUCGACGCCGACAUCCACCUGCGCAAUGCUCUGUGGGUGGGUGGGCUUCCGUCGAGUGUCACCAAGUCUGAGUUGUUGCGGGUGUUCUCCAACCCACGCCGGGUGAUUUCCCACGUGGAUAUCAAGAUCCGUACCAUGGCCGCGGACAUUAGCGAGGCUAGCUAUGCGGUCAUCCACUUUGCUGAUGACCAGAGUGCCUCUGACGCCGCUUUGUGCACGUACCGUAGGCUGCGCCUCUUCAACGGCGAGCGCGUUCGCAUCCAGUGGGCCUUCAAGGAUUUCGUUCGUAACGUCGGACACGGCCCUACUGUUGGACUCAAGAACCACGGUGGCUGCGGUUUCGGCACCUACUUUGGUAACGGCCCUAUCCAGGAUAGCAGCUGCAGCUUCGGUCUCGACUUUGGACGUGGUACCCACGGUGUCCCGCUUCCUUUCCGCGCCUUUGGCAACCACCCUCGCCCGGCAGGCGAUGUGGCUUCUUCCCACGCUGGCUUUGUCAAUGGAGCUGGCCAUUUCCCUGUGGGAAACUUCAUGGGCCAGAACUCGGCUCAGCACGCCGCUGUGAACAGCCAAGUCUAUGGCAUGUACCCUGGCUCCAUCGCUGCAACCCAUACCAACGGCGGACAUGUCGCUAACCGCGCAACCUCGUCGGCGCCUUUUGUGGGCUACCCGGUUGUCAACGGCACUUACCCCAUGUGCACGCGCUUUCCUUCGAGGCUGUAA